GUGCAGCAACAGAGAAUAACGGAAACGUUAUCGACAUCGGAGAGAGAGAUCCACGCAGGUAUCAAUUUCAGGUGAAGCUAGGGGGAUGGCAUCACGCAGCGCUUUGUCGGCUUACCCCCCAUGCAUCCCCUCCCUCUAUGUCUGAUCAGAUCCCAUGUGCACGUUGAAUGAGUGGGGCGGGGCUUCAAUCAGCAUCACCGUUUUAGCAGCACCGAUUUCAAGAAAGAAAGAAAGAAAGAAAGGAUUCCCUUUACCCCCAGCCCCCCAGCCUGCACGCACAAUUCAACGAUACGUGCAGUCAAACAGCUGAAGGUCCAGCACAUUGCGGGUCUACGCUUCCCUGAGCAGAAAAGGGCGGAGAGCAGACAGGGCAGACGCCAAGGACUGGGUGUUGAAAGCUAAGUGCCUUUAUAGUUCUGAACUGUAAGGAUAACGACACGUUAGCAAAGCUGAAUGCACAUUUCUCUUCCGAAAGAGCAGUCUAUCCAGCUUUUUAAAUUCCUAAAAUCUCGGGGCGUGCCAGCUAAAAAUGCAGAAGGAGGACGAUCUAGAGGAAGGGAAGCAAGAAGAAAAGAAAGUGAAAAAGGAGUGCCAGCGACUUACACAGGAACGAGACGAAGCAGAGAGGCAGCUGAAGCACAUUAAACGAGUUUCUCAAAUGGUCAUUGAAGAAGUGAGUGUUUUGCAAACUCAGCUGGAAAUAGAAAAAUCCUGCCGAGAGAAUGCAGAAGCCUUAGCAACAAAGCUGAAUUCUGAGAACAGGAAACUAAAAUAUCUAAGUUUAGCGUCAAGACCCUGCCUAGAUGAACUGUUGCCCAGUAUUUCUGACUGCAUUGCACUUGAAGAGGAGGCUGAACCCCAAGACCCAAGCCCUGACCCUUACAUUCAAUACCAACAACAGGUGAAAGACUUGCAGGAAACAGUUAGUGGCCUUUUAGAGGAGAAGAAACAGCUUGUUUGCCAGCUACAAGAACAGAAGUUCCACAUAGAAGAGUUGAAUGCCCAUAUAGAAAGUGAUGAAGCUAAAAUGCAGGAACUACAGAAAACUAUUGAACAACAUAGUGCAACUAUCAGGAGAUUCAACCGAGUUUCAUUGAUGGCAACAGAGGAAUAUGAAGAACUACGAGAGAAACUGGAGCUGGAACAGAGUUUGAGGCAGAAAGCUGAGGCCUAUGCACAUGAGAUGCUGAUCAAACAAAAAGAGGCAAAUCGUCAGAGUAUGAUCCUGCUUCAGCAGGCUGAUCCCAGUGUGCAGCUGCUCAAAGCCCUUGAAGAUGUGGCUAAAAUUACCAAGGAGUUGGAAGAAGAAAGACUUCAGCAUCGUGAAAAGUUAAAUGAACUGGAAGCCCAGUUACAAGAAUCAGUUCUUCACAAAAAACUGGAAGAAAUGCAGAAACAGCUUGUGUUAGUGGAAGAAGAGAAGAAAGAACUGGAGCUUCGAAUCCAGCAAUCCGAAGAGCAUAAUAUGAACAUGGAGCAGAAAGUCCAAGAAAUGUUGAAGACUCAGAAAAGUUCAGACUUGGUACCUGAGACAGCACCAGGGACAGCAUCGCCUCCAGUGCCACCACCACAACCACCAGCCCCGCCACCUCCGCCACCCCCGCCACCUCCUCCACCACCACCUUCUCGUUGCAACCCUCUCAGCUCGCUCAUUGCGAUAAUGAGGAAGUCAUCGAAGAGCUCCAAGAGCAGUCCAAAGGCAGAAGCAGCACCAGUUACAGCUGCUGUAGAUGUGAAAGUAAAAGCUGUGAAUGAAAUGAUGGAGAGGAUCAAGCAUGGCGUUGUGCUGAGACCAGUCAAAGGACAGGAUAGCAGUAGGAGAUUUGGUGUGAAGCAGCCUCCAGUCACAGAAGAAAAAACCCAGGAAAGUGCAAUGGAAGAACUGAAAGGAAUUCUGGAAAAUGUGAAGAAGAGUCCAAGUAGAGGGUUUCCAGAGGUGAUACCAGGGAAGAAAGACAGUGAACUGGAGGUCAUUCUGCGAAGGAGACGGAAACAGGCUUGUGACACAGGCUGUGAAGAUGACAAAGAAGGUGAAAUUAGUAAAUUCUCAUCUUUAGAAAGCUUAAAUGCCAGAAACAGUGCUGACUCGGGCAAAGAAACAGUGCUGUCUGGUCACGGAGGUAGUAGUACUCGCAGUUCUGUGUCUGAGAAGGGGACAGACGUACUUUCAAAUGGCUGCUGUGAUGGCUGUGAGGAAGGUGACAAGCAGCCCUCGACUGGGAACUGCAGCAAUAACAACGAAAAGAGCGUCUCUUCACCUUGUCAUAGCAAUUCAAAGGAUGAAGCUGCAAACACAUUGGAUGGAUUUAGUGCAGUCAAUAGUAGUAUUGAUGCAGAAUGUUAACGUUAGCAUUGCCUGCAAAAAAUUUAAAAAAUAAACAGCUGCACUUUUGCACAAGUAAACUUAAUUAGCUGACAAUAGGUUUUGUACCAUUAGACUAACAAUUUGAAGAUUUCAGUAGGUGCUUGCUGUACACAUGCUGUCUGCUGGUGUGAAAGUUUGAAGGGAGGCACAAUUGUCUUUCAAUUAAUCUUAUAGUAUGUCUGCACUUAACUUUUCAGUGGUGCUCAAUGCAUCUGUCACUUGUCAUCACAAAACUGAACAAUGACAUUUAAACUUGAAUUUUAGGGGGCUUUUUAUAAUGCUAUCUUCCUUACUAUGAUACCAAAUAAAAUGCCCAUGCACCCAUCGUUCAUUCCUUUAAGGAUGCUUUUGGACAAUGAAUGUGAUCAAUUUGAAGGUAUAAGGAGUAGAUGAGAAAAAUGGAUCUGGCACCUCUUCUACUGUUAGUUAUCUUUCCUUGCAUUUUUAAUCAGAAUUACUGAAUUUGCUUGACUGCAAUCUCUAAACUGCAUUGUUUUCUAUAAGAAUUAAGAGUUAAUUUACCUUAUUGUACUAUUCAAAAUAUAUGAGCAUUACAUUAGUAUCAUAAAUUAAAUAUAUAACUAAUGCUCAUUGUAUAAAUUUAUAAGCAAAAGUAAAUAAAUUAGAAAAAGUGAAAAAUCAGAGUAACAUAAUUCUAUAUCCACAACACUUAGAUUUCUAAUUGCAGAAUUACAGGAUUUGAGUGUGGCGGGCCAAUAAAGAUGACAAUGUUUGGAUGAAUUUAUGUAUGUUGUGACUUUGUUUGAUUAAAUUACAUGUCAGUACUUCAGACAGAUACUGCAUAUGAUAAGUAAUGCUGUGUACUGUACAUAAUUUAACAACAGUUUUCUUGCACACUUUGCAUUUUAUGCUGCAUCACACUGUAUGAAUAUACUUUUUGUAACAUCAUUCGGACCAACAACAAGUUAAUAAAAAAAUAUUUUUCCCCUGCGUAAUUUCUUCUUAGAAUGUGCAUUUUUAGUCCAGUUUCUUUUGUAUCUUUCUAGUUGGCUUUAUUUACAGAAGUGUUUUUCAUCCACUAACUGGGUUGCGGUCUUUGGUUGCAGUGGGUCACCUAAGAGAUUGACAGCAAUAUUUAUUCCUGUAUUUAUUGACGAUCAUCUCAAUAACUCUGCUUUCACAUGUGCACCUCCCCUCCUUGUGUAUCAUCAAUAAAAUUAAAAGAGAAAAAAACUGUGUCGCGACACCAUAAAGGUUGAGAAAUAUUGAUUUAUAGCAUACUGCGCGAUACAACAGAACUUAGAAAUUUUCAAAUUUCAUCACUAGCAAUGCUUAUUAUGUCUGUCAAGUUUAAUAUUACACAUGUGUCACAACACUGUAACAGUAUACAGUAAAUAUACAGGUACAUUGCAGGCAUUAAGAGACGGGUUCAAAACCUUCCCCCAAGUGGCAACUUUUCAAAGGUAAAUUUACUCCUACCAUGUUUUGUUCAGUAAUUUGAGUUCAUACUUCUAGCAUAAUAAAGCAAUUGACAAACGGGAAAUUUUAAGAUACUGUUUUUAACAUUUUAAUUUUAAGUUCAAAUGACAAUAAUAAUAGCACAUAAUAAUGUUAUUUCACUUACUUAAAAACAACUUACAAUGAGUAGAUACGAGUAUUCCAAAACCAAACAUACCGAGUCGAUGAGAACACAUCAGUAAGUGAGGUGCUUGUUCUUGCUUUUCACCUCCUAAUUUGGUGCCGCUGUUGAAAAAAAGAAGUCUCAUAUCAUCUUUAGGAACUAAUCAAGCUCUUUGCGACUUUUUUAAGCAAAUGUACCCCGCCACUCCCCCGGUGUAAAGGAAAUUUGCUUCCAGAGGGUAAACUUUCCCCUGAUUGAGAACCCCUAAAUUAAGGGGUCCCACUACAAGAACUAAUGUAGUUUUUAUAUUUCAGCUUAAUAGUACUGGUGUAUUAUGAAUGACCUGUUAACAUAUUGUUGAGAUAAUAUAGGUAAAAGUCAACUGAAAACUGAACUAGUCAAGGUACAGACCACUCGAAACUCAUGUUCUCUUUGCUUGUUUCAUUUUGAAUCAUUCUAAUGAUGCACUAUAGGAGAUAUUUUCUAAGUGUAUGCCAAGUUUGAUGGUUUAUGCUACCGAUUUGAAGAUUUGAAUGGUUGUUCCUGUUACUGUAUGUGGUGCUUCCAUUUCUUGUUAUCCAAUACUGGACUGUUCAUUGCAACUUGUCAAUUACCUUAGGUUUUUGUUUCCUUUUUUAAAAACUAGCUAAUAAAUUUUGCCCAUUUCA